AUCAGAGAGUAGGCGUGUUUCCGCCGCGGCGCGUGAUUGGCUUACAGUCUGCUGGCAGCGCCGUUUGUAUAAAACAACAACAGGAAUCCGGGUUAGCAUGUGGAGCGCCAGCCAGUUAGCAAGUCUGUAGGAACCAGAACGCCUCAACCCGAGUAAACGAACAGGUACCAACCCGACCGGAACCAGCGGCAGUAUGUCGGUAGACAGCGUGUUUCGCACCCGGUCUCUCGGUGUGGCUGCCGAGGGUCUUCCGGACCAGUACGCCGACGGGAAAGCAGCCAAAGUGUGGGAGCUGUACAUCGGAGACACCCAGAGCCGAACCCAGGAGUACAAGAGCUGGCUGGUGUCUCUGCUCCGCCAGCACGGGGUUCGGAGGGUUCUGGACGUCGCUUGCGGAACCGGGGUCGACUCCAUCAUGUUGGUGGAGGAGGGCUUUAACAUGGUCAGCGUGGACGCCAGCGAUAAAAUGCUCAAAUACGCUCUGAAGGCCAGAUGGGACAGAAGGAAAGAGGCAGCAUUCGAUCAGUGGGUAAUCGAAGAGGCCAACUGGCUGACGUUGCCUGAAGAUGUUCAGAAACCAGGAGACGGGUUUGAUGCCGUCAUCUGCCUCGGAAACUCGUUUGCUCACCUACCGGACUUCAAAGGUGACCAGAGCGACCAGAAGUUGGCUCUUCACAACAUCGGCAGCAUGGUGAGACCCGGCGGUAUCCUCAUCAUCGACCACCGAAACUACGACUACAUCCUGGAGACCGGCAAGGCGCCGCAGGGCAAAAACAUUUAUUACAAGAGCGAUUUAACUCAGGACAUCUCCACGUCGGUUCUGUGGGUCAACAGCAAGCCUCACAUGAUCACUCUGGAUUAUACCAUCCAGGUACCACAGGCGGCACUGCAGAAGCUUCCGGAAGUCAGUAAGUUUCGUCUGUCUUACUACCCUCACCGCCUGGAGAGCUUCAGCCAGCUGCUGAUGGACGCCUUCGGAGGGAAAAUGGAGCACCGCGUCUACGGAGACUUUAAGACGUAUGUUCCGGGUCAGAACCAGGCUCCGUGCUACUUCAUCCACAUCUGUAAAAGGUCUGCCUGAAUACGUACUCUGGAGUACGGGCCGCUUCCUCAGUCCUUCAGCGCUUCCAUCUGUUUCCCAGAAGUUUGCUGGACUGCUUCUAACCCGUCUGCGUCCUCGGGCUGAGGCUGUGUGAUCGGGUCUCUUCUCCAUCAGUGGGUUUCACCUUAGAAAAGAAACGUUUGUUGCUUUUUUCCACAUUUUAAGACAAAGGCUGUAAAGAUCUGCGGUGCAACAUUUCAGUUGAGUUCAUCUUCUUUUCUGAAGGGAUUGAAAAUGUUCAGGACCACUUUUCUGCUUUUCUCCACCGAACGCUGCUUUAAUCUGCUCAGUCGGUGCUGUACAACUACUGACCAUCCUCACGAUGGAGUUGGUCAUCAGUAAUCUAUAGUUGAUGAUGCUUUUAUUUUGGUAAGUUACGUUUUGGGUGCUAAACGGAUCAGAGCCGAUUCCUUUCUGCCUGUAACGGAUUCCUGCUUCGCUGCGAGUCGUGUUGUUUUUAAAAUACUGAUCAAUCUGUGUGAGUUUACCGAGUUAACAAGUCCAUGUAUACUUUAACUCGGCUCUGACUCCCUUUAACUCAGAGACAAAUGACCUUUGUAAACCUUUGCCUUGCUCCGUGUUCUGGUACCAAAUCUGAGCCGACCGUCAGCCUUACAGUUUUGUGUCGACUACAGCUAACGAACUUCAAGUUAGCAUAAAAGUGUGAAACGUAAAGAGCCGUUGGCUCGUUGAACCGACCAAAACGAUGCUCAGCAGUGAUGACAUGACUGACCUGAUGCGUAGUAAAAAUAAAUCUUCAACCAAAGAUGAUUGACGUCAGUAAAGAAAUGUGUUGCUUAAUGAGGUAAAAGAACGCUGAAUGUUGAAGGUGUGCUGCUCAGAGAGUACUGGGCAGCGCUACGAGGGUCGAAAGUGCUGAAAUCCAGAGGUUUUUUCUUUGAGACAUGUUUAAUAAUCUGCUGCUUCUGAGGCGAAAGCAGCAGAUUAUUGAACUAACUGGGCUUUAUCAAGACACAGAUUUAUAAAGUUCCUUAGAGCGCAAAACAUAAAAUAUGCUUAUUGAAAUUUUUAUGUGUGAAAUAAAAUAAUUGAAAAUUAAAA